GCAAUAUCUGAAAAGCGUCGUGUGCCUAAACAACUUUUCGUUAAGUGUACGGAGUAUAAAGAUAUUCACAUAAUUUAAAUGUUAAGUGAUAUGGAGAUUUUGUGCGCCAUGUGUUUUAUUCUACUUCUGUCUUAUUUUUGUUUUAAAUAAAUUACUGCCCUCUGAAGACUCAGUUUGAAUUUUCAGAGGGCAAUAUUCUUCGUUCCAACUAUGAUGCAAUUACAACUCUAGUAGAAAGUGCUUAAAUUUGGAACGGCAUUUCCAAUAUAACAGCUGUAGUAUCGCACUUUAUUCCUUUACUAAGAAUGUUUCUGUUAUCAGAGUUGCUGCUAAUCAUAAUCAGACGUUCUCUUUGUUACCGCGUUGCAUAAAUAUAUACUGCAUGUUCGUUACCAUGUGACCAAUGAUAUCAUUUUGCUCUGUUUUGCACAUUGUGAAAGCUCUUGCCUCUCACUGAGAUAUGAAGUUAUCUCAGCAUCUAGAUUUUUCUUCCUUGUAUUUUCAUUACACGAUAAACUACUUUUUGAAACUAAGAGGUUAAGAAUUGUUUUUUCUUAUUUUGUCUUUUGUUUUGAAUUAAUUGGCUGUAUUAAUUGAGAAUGGAUCUACAUAUGGUUUAUUUCGGUCUGCAGAGAAAAAUGUUCCAUUUGCUGAAAACUUCAUAUUUCCCAUUAAGAUAUAAUUUUUUAUGAAAUAUUUGAACUUAAAAUAUGUUUCGGAAUCUAAAUAAAUUAACUUGAACAGUGUGACUGUAUUAAGAGUUCUGUAAAAUCAAGAGCUUUUGUAUUCAACCUACCUAAUUUAUCAUCUGGAAUUCAAAUGGUUCUGUGGUUCUCCUUCCUUCAUAACUAGAUUGGAUGUCUUUUGAAUCCAUUAGUAGUAUACAAAAAAAGAUUAAAAAUAGCUACUAUUUUAUGAAUGGUGACGUUCUUUUAUCAAGUAAUACCAUUGAACAACUGGUUGAUAUAGCAGCUGAUGAAAGUGGCGAUCAUGUGGCAUUUAUUUCUGUUCAUCAGGAAAUUUCCAAGUCUUUCUCACAGUUCAGACAAGAAGUUCAAAAAUUUGCAUCUGGGCUUAUUUCUCUUGGCUUAAGAAAAGGAGACACAGUUGCUAUAUGCAGUCCAAAUUGUUAUGAAUGGCCUGUAACUCAGUUUGCCACUGCUAAGGCUGGAUUGGUUUUGGUUAAUAUAAAUCCUGCAUAUCAAGCAAAAGAAUUGGAGUAUUGCUUGAAAAAGGUUUGAACCAAAUAUAAUUUUGUCUAAAUUUUAAGCAUUUCAUUAUUGCUUUUUGUUCUAAUGCUAAAUUAUGUUAUUAUGUCUUUUUUAUGCUUCUUUCCAAAUAUACUUAGUUCUUAAAAGCUGUAAUUCAAAAGAUAUAUAUGUACAUAAUUUAAAACCACAGAUAGAUAUGCGGACGUACACUGAGAGAGCAUGUUGAAUGAAGCAUGAAAUAUGUUGAAGAAUAGAAAAUUUCUCAAGUUCUUGUAUCAAGAAUGCCAAAGUUAUAAUCAAAACAUAUUAGAAGGAAAAACUGUGCAGUGUAAACGAGCAUUGAUAGCUAUUUUUGUGGGUUGUCUUAUAUCACUGAAGCACUGGAUGAGUCACAGUGAUAUCACAUUUAAUCAAAGAACAUACUACAACAGUAAUACAAGAACUAUUAUUGCUGUUUAUACUUUCAAACUAAUAAGAAACUAAACAUCACAACAGAAAUCGUCGAGGAGGUUUUAUCAUGAGGCUCUUCAUCUGCUCUGGGCUAAGAAAUAGUGAAACUGGAAGUUAUCAUAUUUGAAAUAUGUAUUUUAAUCAUAUGAAUUAAUAUUUUGAAGCUAACACCAUAUUUUAUGCUCUCACCUGUAUUUCACAUCACGUGUCUCAUCAGUUUUAUUAUAUAAGUUUUUAAAAUCUCAAACUAUCUCAAUU